AUGGCCUCCAUCUUUACAUAUCAGGAUGAACCCCCUCGAAUCCACUCUCCCUGGUCGACACCAGGAACAUCUACUCCACAACCACUACAGUUCAUCCAAGCACCGGUUGGUGGGAAUGCAAGAGCCUUGCCUGGGAUCUUCAAGCUUGAAGCUGAACAGCACGAUGGUCCUACAGAAUACAAACUUCAUCUGCUCCUACGCCCAAGGCGAAACUUCCGCUCCAUUUCUGGUGCCACUCCGCUAUCAACAUCGUUACAACCCACUGCGUCGCAAACAGCAGGAAGUCUGCAAUCAAUGAGUGCAUCGCCCCUAGAUCGUUCUGCUACACAGCCGUCUACUCAAGUGCGUCAGAAUAGAUUACAUCAACUGACAACUCAGUUACUGUGGCGACUGCAGCAGUCGUCGCCGUUCCAUUCUUCCUCAAAUGCAGAUCUGGUUUUGCCCCUGUUGCCCGAAGCAACCCCAAAACUGGGUGUCCCAGACCGUCCGGCAAAGCUUUUGCCUGGCCUAGAGGAGAGCCAAGGCGCCCUCUACGAGAUUGGAAUCGCGGACGAUGGCACGCUGGUCGGACUGCUGGAGGACGAAUUGCAAGAGAGUUUGCACAACCUGCAAGCCAUGGCUGCAAGUCUAGGAUGCGUCACCAAGGUCCUACGGAAAGUGGCUGUGGGCUCAUGUGAAUGGGUAGACACUGAGGAGGGCAACUCUCAGGAGCAAAGGCGGCAGGACAAACUCUGGGUUGCCGAAGUUCUUGUUCAUCCAGACUCCAGGAAGCCCGAGAUCUUAGACGCAACGCCUAUCGUUCCUGCCUUCAAUAAGGCCUCGUCCAGCUUGGAUCAUUCAUUAGCUUCGAUGCCUAGAAAGGCCCCAACGGAACAAAUACGAGUCACCCUGCUUGGCGCCACGGCGUCAGGAAAAUCAUCCCUGUUGGGGACUCUCUCGACCUCUGUCCGUGACAAUGGCCGGGGGAAAAGUCGCCUGUCCUUGCUCAAGCAUAGACAUGAAAUCGCGUCUGGAAUCACAAGCUCAGUUGCCCAAGAACUCAUCGGCUAUGCUGAGGAUAUCUCCGGGUCAAACUUGGUGAUCAACUAUGCUUCUGGGGAUGUGUCAUCAUGGAUAGACAUCCAUAAUCUCUCGCAACGGCUGGUCUUCGUUUCAGACUCGCCUGGCUUGCCACGUUUCGCAAAGUCUACUUUCCGAGCAUUGGUUUCAUGGAAUCCAGCUUGGACUGUUCUCUGCGUUGCUGCCAACGACCAUGACCAGCAAAGCGGACUAGUGGAUCCUUCUGCUGCAACAACCACUGUCGUGUCAGAUCAUAGCAAGGUCAACGACACCCCAAAUACCAUCGAUAUCUCUGCAUCACAUCUUGAUCUCUGUCUACGGAUGCAGAUACCUUUGGUCAUUGCUAUCACAAAGAUGGACCUUGCGAAUAAGGCUGGACUGCGGAUGGUCCUGGCACGGAUUCUUUCUGCUUUGAAAGCCGCUGGCCGCAAGCCCGUGAUACUUAGCAGCACAGUAGGGCCCAUCACUGUUUGUGAAGGCGCUGACCUGCUCCGGGAUUUGCAAAUCGUCAAGGCAACAGAUGUGGCUGAGAUUAAUUCUCUCAUGAGAUCCACGUCCAGUGCUGACUCCCUACGAUGUGUACCGAUUGUUAUGACAAGUACAAUAACGGGUUCUGGUAUUAGCAAAAUACAUGCUUUGUUUCGUUGUUUGAAAUCGCCAGAAGCAUUGGCAGUGCACGAUUUGCCUUCCAUGCAACGCGCGCCUGAGUCAGCGCUCUUUCAUGUUGAUGAAGUCUUUAGCAUUCCACCAUCUAGGGUCUACUCGACAGAUCAGGAUGACAUACUGCAUCGCCAAGGAAUUGUUCUUUGCGGGCAUGUUGCGGCAGGAACCGUGACGGUGGGCAGUAUUUUGAAAUUAGGGCCGCUCCCCAUGAACUCGGAUCCUACUUCGAGUUCCACUUCAGCACGUUCCCAGACCCUGCAACCAUUCUCAUGCUCUACAUCUGAGACCAUGCAGUCCGAGAGACUCGCAAGCGUCGCCUCCAUGGCUUACUCACCCACUGGAAAUGCCAAGAGUGCCUCCCAUUUGCAUGACACGAGCGGGCCGCUUUUAUCCGUGCGCAUCGUGUCUCUGCGUAAUCUCCGCCUUCCCGUCGGUCAACUACAGCGAGGCGAGACUGGGACCGUCGGGGUGGAGUUGGUCACGCUCGAACAUACCGACCUAAACCUCCUCGAGCGAGCAAGGAAAGGAAUGGUCCUAAUUGACUCAUCACGGUCAGGCUAUUUCCAGGAACGCCAAGAUCUGACAGGUUAUCGCUCAUUCUCGGCAGUGUUUCCAUCAUCUGAUUUUGCUCAGAGGAACUCUCCACCAUUGAUACUUGGCGGACACGCGCUCGUUUACGUAAAUAGCAUCCGCGGUGCGGUCAAAGUGACUGCCGUGGCUCUUGAUGACGAAAAAGAAGGAAGAGAGAAUGACGACGCUGAGGUGCAGUCGGAGACUGAGGUCUUCCGAUUUGACAGCGACGACGAGGCGGACGUGCAUGCGAUGACUAAAAAGGGGAAGGAGCGUGAUGUUUGGACACUAGAAAAGAGUAUUAAGAUAACAUUCCGGUUCAUGAGCACUGUGGAAUGGAUGGAAAUAGGAGACCGAGUACUCGUCGUGCCCACAGUCACAGCACCUGGACCCGUGACUGGUCCUGUGGCGCCAAAUCUGUCGCCGCUGGCAGGUUUCGUCGGAAGAAUUUGUAACUGUUUCGCAUGA